UCUGUUUUUUGUUUGGUCACAAGGGGCUGAGAUGUAAUUUCACUAGGCUUUUAGAUUAGUUUUGCAUUUGAUUCAAGUUUGGGUAUAGGUUUGGGGUUAAAAUCAAGUUGUGGGUUAGUUUUGGCAAAAAAACCAUCUAAUGUUAAUAUAUACCAAAAUAUUAUUUCGUAAACUCUGGAUUUGAUGUAAAAGAAAACAAGAAAUAUUUUUCUUUAAGAAUCGUCAAUAUGAAAAGGCUGCAGCGACUAAUGAAACACAACAAAAACCCUAUAAUGGAAAACAAAGAGAAGCUUCCAUGGGAGUUAGUAGAAGAGAUCCUCUCUCGUGUCCCUCCCAAACCAGUUGUCCGAUUCAGAACGGUUUGCAAACGAUGGAACGCUCUCUUCGACGACAAUACUUUCAUCAACAACCACAAGUUGACGUUUCGAUUCAUUUUAUUGACUAAAGCCAAGGUUUAUUCGGUAAGCCUGAACCCCGAGAUAGAGGUGAGUGAGUUAACCUUAGAUAUUCCCGGUUUAAACAAUCAGAAACCUAAUGACUUGGUCGAUUGCAAUGGGCUCUUGCUAUGUGGCACGAAAGAAGGAGCUGUGGUUUGUAACCCGUGGUCAGGACAAAAUAGAUGCAUCAAGGCCGAGGUUAGUCAAACUAGUUUAGAAUUUCGUGGCAUAGGGUAUGAUGGUAAUAGGAUAGGUAAGAAAAUUGUUUAUAAAACCCUUGCGUUUUAUCUAAAUAAUAUAAGAAGCUCUACCAGUGCAUGGAGAAUCCAUGACCUUGCCACCGAUAAGUGGAAACGAGUGUUGAAAGAAGUAAAAGGUGAAACACGGCCUCAAAAUGUGUUCAUUAUGCACUCGACAAGAGGUGUAUCGUUGAAUGGAAAUUUGUAUUGGGUUGCUUAUUGCCUGAGUCAUCCCUCGUUGCUCUUAGUAGUAAGCUUCGAUUUUGGGAGCGGAAAAUACCUCAACUUUUGUGGUCUACCGUGUGUGGAGAACGAUCAUAGCGAUGCUCUUGUCCUUAGGGUUUUUAGGGGAGAUCGGUUUUCGUUGUUAAAGCAGUGCCAUGUAACAAAGAAGAUUCAGAUUUGGGUGGCCAAGGACAAGAUUGAUAAUGGGCAUAGUAGAGAUGUGAAAUGGAUGAGUUUCAUGGAAGUGUCAAUCCCUGACUUGCCGUAUUUAGUACAGACACAAUCCUACCAUCAGCCCAGUUACUUCAUUGAGGAUAAAUGGGAUGGUAAAAGCCUGGUCGUGUGUUCUUGCGAUGUAGAUGGCCGGGCUUGGAUCUAUGUUGUUGGGGAAAGCAAGAUAAUCAGUAAAACCCGAUUGGAUUCUGUAGUGGAUCUUUGGCCUUUGCAUUGUACCUGUUUUCCCAGUUUGGUCAUGGUUCCUGGAUGUCAAAGAGAACACAAAGAAAAGAAGAAAAAGCAGAAUUACGUGUUAAUAUUUCUUCCGUUAUGUUUUUUGUUUGGUUGUUUGGGAAGCUUAAGUUGCUUUUUAGCAAAAUAAGUUAUUUUUAAUUGUUUAGAACAGGCUUAGACUGUUCCAAAAAAAAAAAAAAAAAAAAAAAAAAGAACAGGCUUAGAUUGAAUGUUUAGUGGUCUCAGUCAGUUUAAGUCUAGGGUUCUGAGUUUUAUUCGGGAUUUUGUUAGCUUUCACUUGUGUUGGACGCUUAAAUGGUUUUGAGAUGAUUGUGUCGAUAUUCAUUACAUCCCACAUUGUUAUUUUUCCUUUUUUUUUUUUCUAAUUCAAUUGAUUACUAUCACAUCACUACAAGAAAACUUCAUGAACUCCGAAAAUAUUUACCGAGAAC